AUCGUGUUUAUUUAGUAUUCGAUAAACGUAAACGCAGCUAGCGAGUCGUGCGUGCGACGGCGGAGAGCGCGGCAGUAGCGCACAGUACAAUGGCCGGCGAAAAAACAAAUAUUCCCGCGAGUGCAUAGAAAAAAGUGUGAAUUGAAGAUACAAUAAGUACAGUGAAAUUUGUGCAUUAUUGUUUAUAUAACGAACAUACUUUUUGGACUUUAUUACGGAUUUGGUGAUUGUGUUUUCGGUAUUUUACGGGUGUCGCGAGUGAGUCCACAUCCGGUUUUCCGGGAAAGCUGCACUUGCUAGCCAGUCAGGAUGUCCAACUUCCAGCGGACGCGCAGCAAGGUCUGGUGGGGGGACUCGCCGCCCAGCAUAGGGAGUCCACUGCCGGACUGGAACAGGGAUAAUAAGGCUAAGGAGGAGCCGGACUGGGAGCCUCAGCUGCCGCAGUGGAUCGAGAAUGAGGCGCAGCCGCAGAGGAACAAUAGCGCCGACAAUAUCGCGCAGGCGAACGUGCCCUGGCCGCUCCGGCACGGCAGUCCCGGGAGCCAUAAAAGCCAAGACUCAGGGUUCUCAGACUCCGACAGCUCCCCGCCCCCCUCCCAGUACUACGCUACAGACAACAAUGACUCCAAAGUCAGUAAACAAUCAUCGAGUAGCAGCGAUUCCAAUAACAACGAAAAUAUUACUGUUAAGCAUAUUGUAGACUUUGAGAGCAAAGCUGAGAGCAAGGAUGAAGUCGACAAUGAGAGAACACCUGAUAUCACCGUUAAUUAUAUCGUUCCAACUAAAGCACCAGUGCCUAAACCCCGCCUACGGAGUAGCAGUGUCGUGCAAACAUCAUACGACUUGCAGAAUUACUACGCAAUGAAUCAUGAGCAGGAACAUAAGAAGCUGCUCAAAGAUAUUCAGGAAGUCGAAUGUGAUAUGAACCAAACUGUACCGAAAGCAGAGCCUAGGUAUCCCGCUCCUAGACUUAUCAAUAAGAACAAAUCUAACAAAGAAAAUACAAUCAGUGAGAAUACUAACAUAACAAAAAUAGGAAAUAAAAUAGAGAUAAAAAUCACGCCACCAAAUAAUAUUAGCAACAAAGAAAAUACUCCAAACAAAGGUGCAAUAGAGAAAGAAACCAAAGAAAUAGCUGUAGAAGACGAUACCAUCAUAAGCCCUUCAAAGAAGUAUCCACCCAAGAAGUCAUUUGUUGCUAGUAAGAAUAGUACUAUUACAAGUAAAGUGGCUGUAGUGAAAGACCUGGAUACGAGUAAAAAUAAGUCUGAUGAAAGUCUAGAAUACAUAAAGUUAGCAGAUAACAAUGUGAUAGCUGUCAAUAAUCAACCCAGUGUCCGUUCGCCAAUAUCGAAUAUCUCAUAUGUACCUACUGAAAGAACAUCUUCAAAAACUAAAGCUGAGUACAGGAGAAGUCUUUCUCAUGAAGAGAAUGUUCCCACACCAAUAACACCGAAAUUUCAACGAAACAGGUUAAAUAAAUCACUAAACUUUGAAGCUCAAAGAUUAGAUCAACAAAUUCUUGACAUACAAGAAGGAUAUCAUUCCCUAGAAUACAUAGAUGAAGAUCCCAAAAUUAAUAUUAAGAAUGUGAAGGAAAUUCAUCAGCCAUCUACAGCUAUACUUGGAAAAAAUAUUAUGGAUAGCCUUCAUUUAAAACCUACAAAGAAAGUAGGUCCUAAAGCUAAGCAACGAACAAAGAUUUUCUCCUCAAAGAAAGACAAAGUGGAUAUUGCUGAAUCUUACGCUGGAGGCAUCUUGGAAGGGAGCCGAGUGCCAUCUCUUGGCCUCCCGAGGGUUUCAGAACACAAUUCAUGGGUCAUAGUCGGCCAUCCCGAACCGGAAAUGCUCAUUCCAAACUAUACCGAAAGGCUAAUAGACAUAGGUACUAUUCCAAAAGAAAAAGAUGAUACUAACUUUGAUAUCAAGAAACUACCACCCCCACCUCAAUUCCAAGACAAACAGAAGACACCUUAUAAAACAGACUCAAAGAACGACAAAGAUUUAACACACGACUCAAAAAGGGAGAAGUUAAAGGAUGAUGACUUCAAAGAUAUGAACUUUACAGACGUGCAAUUAAACUUAGCUUGUACAUCGACGCCAAAAAUGUUAGCCCCUCACGAAUUUAUGGGCGAUAUGCGAACUCCAAAAAGCACUACCAAGAAUACUCGUAGAAUAAAUCUUUUAGACAACUUUAACGGGGUAGUAUUGAAUAGCCAGGACGAGCUACUGUACAGAGAGAGGAGCAUAGACCAAACGGCUUUGGAGCGUCUUUGCGAGAGGAAGCCAGAACCAGUGCAGCAUUGGCUUUGUGACCUCGUCGGUGCUUGUGAGAACGAGUGUAUGACCACACUGCAGAGCAAGCCGCUAGGGGCUGAGAUGAAGGCCUUGGUCUCUGCCAGCUCAGCCACCAUCACCGGAAAUAUCAAGAAGGUCCAGACGCACGGACAAAUCAUCGUGCACCAGUACAGUGAUGUCAUCAGGCAAAUAGAUACCAAGAACAUAAGCGAAGAUCAGAUAUGUCUUCUGAUAGCGAACAUCAACGAAUUCGUGCUGACUCACAGCAUAACAUUGAACACGAAGCCUCCGGGAGAGACCCCGGAGCGGUGGGACAAGAUCAAGAAGUCCUUACAGAAGUAUCUAGAGAAGCUCAUCGAGAUUGGCGACGAUGUUAAGAUCGAGCUAAACGAAAGUUUACCACAAUGGGACGUGGUAAUGAAGCACCUGGAUGGCUUGAUUGGAAUCUUCAUUGAGACCACCAAAGCUGUUUUGGUCCAGCAAAUGAAGACCUUAGUCUCCAUAAUCGAAGAACCACCGUCCGACAUGAUCUUGAAGAGUACCCUUACAUCAAUUGGACAUUUAGCCAUGUUGGCGGAAACUACUGAAAGUUCCCUGCACGAGAAAUGUUUGGAGAUUGUGAAGAGUAUAACCGAAUUGCCGUUCGUGGAUUGUGGAGUGCCGAGGGCUCUGUUGACCGCCAUUAUUGAAAGCAACAAGAGUUCCAUCAAAGCUCUGUCUCUACGAGCACUGGCAACGAUUUGCGUCAACGGUGAUGCCGUCAAGCAAUUUGAAGAGGGCGGCGGAAUAGAGAUCCUGUCAGACAUACUCUCGGACCGAUCGAACCCGGAACCUCAGAUGCGGGAAGCCAUCACCGUACUCACACAGAUUACGGCGCCGUGGCUACGAGGUCACUACGAUCUCACCCAAAUGCAUCUAUACUUGGACUCUAUUGUUGAUAACAUUACUGGAAUCCUAUCCCGGACUUCUUGCUGCCAACUGCUGCUACUCUGUACCGCGUGCCUAGUGAACCUGGUGCGAGAGCUGGAGCUGGAGAGGAAGGAGGGGGAGGGGAGGGAGGGGUCCGACGUGGUGGAGGCCAUCACGAAGCAUAGGACUGUGGAGCGACUGUUGGAUGCUGUGAAGCGCAGAGGACCGAAUAUCUCGGUGUUUUUGCAGGAGCAAACAGCGUCACUACUGGCGUCUCUUUCCCGCAUCGCCCGCUGCGUACUGCUGCUGUCUCGCCUGUCUUCCGUCUCUGUUGCACUCGUGUGCUUCACUCGGGCGUCUCCGGCGCAACGGCCGAGGGCUGCCGAGCUCCGAGCGCAAGCCAGGCUUCACUGCCACGCCGCUGAGGCUAUCUCUAGGCUAUGCGUGAUACCCGACGUGGCGCAGCAGAUCGUGCAACUAGAAGGCGUUCCGCAUCUUAUCCGCCUGGUUAGGAUGCAAAGGAAACGCCCCCAAGACGACGUCAACCCAGACCAAACGCUCAUACACUGCCUCAAGGCGUUAAGGACCAUAUUCAAGCACCACCAAAGCGCAUUUCUAGAGUAUGAGAAAGACGUCGAAGAAAUGAUCCGACCACAUCUGAUGGAAUCCCUUAUGCUCUUCUCCGCUAAACAAGAGAGUUAUGUUUAAUUUUGUUGGAUUAUACCUGCAGUUUUACUUGUGUAUAACGUUAGUAUGUAAGACAGAAAAUCGCUCUUAGAUUUGACAGAGGCUUCUAUAUUACUCGUUAUUAACUAUAGUAUACUCAGUGUUUCCAUAUUUAUAGUUAUACGAUUAGGCUAAGUUAUAUGAAAUGGCCAUAUACUUUCACUUAAAAUAAAUUUAAGUGGCUUUGUAUAUAAAGACUGCGUAUUUAAAAGGCUAAUUUAUAUUCUAGCAUUGUAUAGUGCUUUGUAUGUAGCCGUAUUUAUAUGCUAUAUUAGUUAUAAGUUUUUUUUUUCUAUUUUUGUGCUAAUAAAUUUGCUUGAUGAAAUUUAUCCUUAAGUUUACUCUGGGGCCAUACUUAUUUAUACUAGUCCUUUUUGAUUGCAAGUACGAAGUUACUUUUCUUUUUUAUACCACCAUUUAAGUAUUUAAGUUGAAACUACCUACUUAGAAGUGAAUCUACUGUUGUUGAUUAUCGCAAACAUUUUUCAUUUAAAUUUUAUGUGAAAAUUACAGAAUUCAUUUACUAUACAUGUUACUUUUUGUAUAAUAUAUCUCUAGUUUUAAGUGGAAAUAUACUCUGUAUAAACUUUUUGCAUAGAAAUUCGUAGACCUUAGCAGUUAUCUCACUGCAAUGUUAUUUGUUUACAAAAUAAAGUAUACUAGACAUUA